AUGACGAAAAUACAAAAGGAUAUAUUGCCCUUUUUUUCUGUGUCAUCAAAACAUUGUAAGAAUAAUAAAAAUGUUGUUAAAUGCUGUAGAACAAGAAAAAGAAGGAAAAGGAAAAGGAAGAAAGAACAGUAUUGUCAUAGAUGUAUAAAUAUCCGAAAACUUAUAAAAUAUGAAAAAUAUAACAACUUAAAGAAUAAUUAUGUUUAUAUUGAUUUAAAGAAAAUUAUAAGAAAUAAAUCAUAUGAGAAUAAUUAUAAAUAUUUUGUUAAGUAUAAUAAUAUCAAAAGUAGUAAUAUUAUCAAUAGUAAUAAUAUGAAAAAUUAUAAAAAAAAAUAUCUAGAGUCAUUACCAUUUUAUAAUGAUUCUUAUAUUACUAGUAUGUAUAUAUAUGAAUCUCUUCUUUUAGUCACAUGGUCUAAUGGGAUUAUUACCAUAUUUAAUCAUAAAUAUAACCACAUUGUUUCAAGGAAAGUAACUAAUCAUGUGAUAAAAAAUUUGUGUAUGAAUUGUUCAGAAAAUAUUAUUGCUUUUAUGGAUAAUAUGGACAGUUUAUAUUUUAUUAAUUUAAACAAUAAUAUUAUAAAUAAAGGAAUACAUAAAAAUGUAAUAUUUAUAUCUAAUGAUAUAUAUGAAAAAGGAUAUAAUUAUAACAAUAUUGAUUAUAAUAAUGAUCGAGAAUUUGAUAGGCUAUCUGUCGAUUUUACAUACAAUAAAUUAAAUAAAAAAAAAAAGAAAAUGUAUGAUAUGAAUAAUAAAAAGGAUAAUAUAAUAAAUGUUAUUAUAUCAGAUGAAAUAAUGAAAUAUAAUAUAAAAAAUUUAACAACCUUUUGUAUAAAUCCAUAUUACAAUAAAAAUAAUAAUAAUAAUAAUAAUAUAUGUGUAUUAACAAAUAAAAAAACAGUUUCUUUAAUAUAUAUUUAUGAGUAUCAUAUAAAUAGUGUCCUUUUAUUUAAAGAUGAUAAUAUUUUAAAUAUAUAUUGGUAUGAAUCGUAUAUAUUUAUAUGUACUGCUCUGUCCCUUUUUGUCAUCAAUUUUUUUAACAGGACAAAAAUUGCUCAAAUGAAAUUUACUGGUAGUUUAAAUGGGAACCUGGAUAAAACAUUUUUCUUACUUAUAAAAAAUUAUACAGGAAAGGAAAAGGAAUUUCACGGAUAUAACAAAAUAAAUUAUAUUAAAAGGAAGGAAAAAAAAAAGGACGACCAAAUGGAUAACCAAACGGAUGACCAAAUGGAUAACCAAACGGAUGACCAUAUGGAUAACCAAACGGAUGACCAAAAGGAUAAUAGAAAAAACCAACUAAUUCAUUGCUAUAAAAAUAAUUAUCCUUGUACAUAUGAAAACCUCUUAUAUGUAAUAAAAACAAUGUGGCCCAAUUUAUUCUCUGUUCAUAUUUGUCGCGGUAUCGAAAAAGGAGUAUAUAUUAUUGCAAAAGAGAAAAAUAUAAAAAUUAUAAAAAUUCAGAAAAUAAAUGGUAUUGAAAAAAUAUAUAUUUUAAAAGAUUUUUAUAUAGAGAAUUAUAUUUUAAGUAUAAAUAUAUUAUAUAAUACAACUUAUAAUAUAUUAAAAAAUGACUUUUGUUUAUCUGUAAUAGCUUUUAAUAUGGAUACAUAUAUUUCAAAUAUAUUUACAAAUUAUAAGGAAAUAAAAAAAAAAAAAUUUUUGGAACAUUAUAUAUUAACCCUUAACCAUUUUUUCUUACAUAAAACGAAAAUGACAAUAUUUGCAACACAAGAAAAACAAAAUGAAGAAAAUGAUAAAAUUAAUGUUGAAGGAGAAAAUAUAAAUAUACACAACAAUAGAAAUAAUUAUAAUAUUAAUGAAUUAUAUAAUAAUAACCAUAUGAUAUAUAAAACGAUCCCCCAAAAUGAAGAUCAUAAUGUAAAUAUAAAUAAUAAUUGUGCUGAUGAUAUUAUACAAUCACAAAAACAAAAAAUUACAAAUAUUUCUCAUAAUAAUAAUAAUAAUAAUCAAAUUCAAUCGAACAAAAAUAAUCAAGCGAACCAAACAACGGCAAGGGAAAAAGAUAAUUUUUACAAUUUCUUUAAAAGUAAUAUAUAUGAUAUGGAAAAUAGAACAUGUAAUAAUAUAUUACAAUAUUGUGUUAUAAAUAGUAAAUCAUAUUUAUUUCAUAAUAUAUCAUCUAAAAAAUAUAUUUUUAAAACAAAAAAGAAUCAUCAGUUUUCUUUAUUCAUAUAUUCUUCUAUCAAUAAUACAUUCAUAGAAUUUCGCCCCAAGACGAUCGAAGAAAUAUUUUAUGAAUUUAUGUUAGAAAGAAAAAAUACAAACAUUCUAUAUAAAAAAAAUAUUAUGAUCAAAAAAAAAAAAUGCAGCACUUAUAAAAAGAAUUGCCUCAGUAUUAUUUUAAAAGAAUUAAGAAAAGAUAAAAAGAAUAGAAAAGAAUUAACUAAUAUCGUGUUUAAGUUAAUUGUUCACUUUUGUAAAAAUAAAAAAUAUUAUAUAGCUGCAAAAAUAUUUAUUAUGAUGUAUACAUAUUUAGAUAACAAAGUAAAGGUCAUCUAUGAUAUUAUCAAAAUAUUCUUUCUGCAUAACAAAUUAUAUAUCAUUUCAUUAUAUUACACAAAGCUCAAAUAUGCCCUUCAAAAUAAACAACAUGAAUGUUUCAAAAAAAGGAAAAAAAACAAGCACGCACUUUAUAAUAUACAUAGAACCAUAUUUCUUACAACAAAUAGUUUAAUCAUGAAGGAUCAAAAGGAAACAUAUUAUAAUACAAUAAGAGUGAGCAAAAAAUUGAAUAUAAAAAUUAAUAUUAAAUUAAAAAUAGAAAAAAAUGUAAAGAAUUUGGUUUAUAUCAAACAUAAUAAUAAUAAUAAUAAUAUAAUAAACCCACAAAUAAAAUAUAUUACCUUAAUAAAAAUGAAAAAAAAAAAUAAAAUUAAAAGUAUGUUAUAUAUAAUCUUUUGUUUAAUAAAAUAUUAUCAUAAUAUAAAUUUUAUUGCAGAAGAGAAAAAUAAAAAUAAUAAUAAAAAUUAUAAAAAUGAUAAAAUGAGUAAUAAUAAUCAUAAUAAUAAUAAUAAUAUUUAUCAUAAUAAUAAUCAUAAUAAUAAUCAUAAUAAUAAUUAUAAUAUUUAUCAUAAUAAUAAUCAUAAUAAUUAUCAUAAUAAUUAUCAUAAUAAUAAUCAUAAUAAUUAUCAUAAAAUAAUACGCCCUUUCUGUGUGCAACAAGAAAAUAAUUUAUCAAUAUAUAUUAAAAAAAAAAAAAAAGGACGUCAUAAAUUAAAAAAAGAGGUAGUAGAAAAAAACAAUGAAAAAAAAAAAAAAAAAAUUGAAAUGUAUGAAGAAAACAAUAAAAAAUAUUAUAAUAAACAUAUAAAAAAAAAUCAAAAGAAUGAAAAAAAAAAUUUCUUUUUUUUAACAAAAAAUUUAUUUAAUAAAUUUCUGGUUUUUUUGUUAUAUUCGAAUGUUUAUGAAUUUAAAAAAAUAUUUGAAAGUUCUUCUAGCGAGGAUUUAAAUAUAUAUAUGUUGAGUAAACAUAUUAUAUAUUUAUUAAAAGAUAAUUUUAUAUUUAUAAAUAAUAGAUUAAGAAAUUAUUAUAAUUUAUAUCGAUAUACAUUAUAUUACAGGUACAAAACAAAGAAAACAUAUAAUAACAAUAAUUUCUUAUAUAAACAAAAAAAAAUAAAUAAAAAAUUUAAAAAUUUAAAAAUUAAUAAUAGUAAUAGUAAUACUAAUACUAAUAAUAACAGAAAUAUUAAAUAUAAUAACAAAAAUUAUUGUUAUUGUAAUCUCAUUAGUUAUUGUAAAAAUAUUAAAAAAAAUCAUAAUAAUUUAAAAAACAUUAAUAAAAAAUAUUAUCAUUAUUAUAAUCAACAGCGUUCACGUUCUUUUUCGCCUUCUCCUUUACAUCAACCAUUACAUUCGACUUUACAUCCACCAUUACGUUCGACUUUACAUCCACCAUUACGUUCGACUUUACAUCCACCAUUACGUUCGACUUUACAUCCACCAUUACGUUCUCUUCUUUGUUGUUUUUGUUCAUCUCCUUUUGUUUCUUCUCCAGCUCAAGACCAUCCUACAAGGAUUAUUUAUAGUAACGCCGAAAAAAAGAUUCUUUUAGAUAUAUUACUAUAUAUAUUUUUUCAUUUUGAUAUUAUUAAUUUUAAAGAUAUCGAUUGUUUUUUUAAAGACUGUUUAAAGAAUGAUUCAGAAUUAUUAUCUGUAAAUAAGAAAAUAUUAGAUUUUGAAGAAAAGUAUAAAUUAAUAACGACUAUAGGAAACAAAAUACCUUUCAACGAUAUAACUAAUAUACAAAAUAAACAAGACUACCACAUUAAAAAUAAUUUUCAUACAAAUUGUAAUUCCGAAAUAAUUGAUCCCAAAAAAAUUUAUACUAUUCAAACAAACGAACAAGAGGAAUAUAUACAUCCAAACGUUCCCAAAAAUAACAAUAUUAAUCAUAUUAAUAAUAUCUGUGAUAAUUAUAAAAAGAAUAAUUCUUUAUCUUCAGGUUAUCAUAAAAAAGAUGAUAAUAAUAAUAAUAAUAUUUACGCAAAAUACUGUUUGGUAAACAUGAGUAAUUCAAUAUAUAAUAUUAAACAAAAAAAGAAGGAGCAUCUAAUAAAAGAAAAAGAUGAAAAAAUAUUUAAUAAGUAUUGUAAAAAGUAUCAGAAAAAUAUACAAGAUGAAAAUGUAAAUGAUCCAAAAUAUAAUAAUAAUAAUAAUAAUAAUAUAAGCAAAAUAGAAAAAAAAAAUAUUGAUAAAUAUAAUUUUAAUAAUACAUAUAUAAUACAAGAAAGUAAAAAUGAUUUAUUAUAUAAUAAUAAUUAUCAUCAUAUAAAUAUAACAAAUGAUAAAUACUUUUAUAACCUAAAUAAACAUACAUAUGAUAAUAGUCACUUCUCUAAAGAUACUUCAUUCAAUACUUUAGACUAUUUUGAGAAUCAGUGUGAUAAUGUGAAAAAAUUGGAGAUUAUAAAAAUGUUAUUAAAUAUAAAAAGCGAGAAGGUGUUUAUAUAUUUAAAACAAUGUAAUUGUAAUGUUGUGAAAGAAAUUAUUCAUAAACAUGUUAUAAAACUCUGUAAACUAAAUUUAAAAAAAACAGUAAAAUUGUUAUUAAUUAUAAAUAUAAAAGAAAAAAAAAAUGAAGAAUAUCUUUUCUAUCCACAUAUAAUUAUAAACAAAUUAAAAAAAAAACCAUAUUAUCUAUAUCAUUAUUUGAAAAAUAUAAAAGAUGAAUAUUAUCUUAGCAAAUAUAUAAAUGUAAUAAUAUUUUUAAUGUUCAUUUUUGAUCCCUUAUAUCUAGAAAAAUUUAUUAACAAAUAUUAUAAAUAUAUACAUUUUAAGAAGAUAUUAUUUUUUAUAUCCUUUUUUAAUUAUUUAUAUACAAGUCAACAAAAUAUAUUAUCUUUUCAAAAAAAGCAUGAAAAGAUUAGUAAUAAUAAUUUGGUUGAUGAAACCAUCGAAUGUAAUGACAAAAAUGGAAAGACUGGUAUAUUGUUAACCAAUAUAGAGAACUCAGAUGUACACAAUAUAGUAUGUGUAGAUAAAAAUGAACUUCAAAAAGAUGAAAAAAGUAAAUGUUACAAUAACAAUAAUGAUAGUAAUAAUAAGGAUAGUAAUAAUAAGGAUAGUAAUAAUAAGGAUAGUAAUAAUAAGGAUAGUAAUAAUAAUGAUAGUAAUAAUAAUAGUUGUAUUGAUAAACAUAUAUCUGCAAAUGUAAUUGAACAAGAAAAAAAGAAUCCUAUUCUUUCAUAUAUAUUUUGCAAAAACAAUUUUAUGAUCAAUAAGAAAGAAAAAUUAUUCGUUAAUCGUAAUACUAAAAAAAGUAUGUUUUAUUUUAAAAAUAAAUACGUCUCUUUGAUUUAUAAACAUUUAUUAAAUGAUAGAGAUAAUGAAGAAGAUAAGAAAGAAUUAUUAAGUAUCUUUAAUAUUGUUCAAAACAACGCAAGAACAAAUAUUAAUAAGAGCCUGGAGUUUUUUCUACAUAUCAAAGCUUUAGUGUAUUUAAAAUUCGGAUAUAUAAAUAGAGCUCUGCAAAUUUUUUUAAAGUUGAACAAUUAUUUAAAAAUAUUUUAUAUUAUGAUACAUCAUAAUGUUAAGAUAUAUGACGAAAGGAUAAAAAGAAGGAUGAAAUAUUAUAUAGGUUCAUCAGAUUACUUUAAUAAUAGUAUUAAGAAAAAUAAAUAUGGGGUAUGUAAAAUAAGUGAUUCUAAAAAUAAAGCCGUCAAUAAUAAUAUUGUUAAUAUUGAUAAUAUUGAUAAUAUUGUUAAUGUUGAUAAUAUUGAUAAUAUUGUUAAUAUUGAUAAUGUUGAUAAUAUUGUUAAUAUUGUUAAUGUUGAUAAUAUUUAUAAUAUAUAUAAUAAUUAUAAUUCUUAUUAUCAUAAUUAUCAUGAUGUAAGGAACAAAUUAAACAACAGUGACAAAACAAUUCUUAUAGAAAAAUAUUAUGAAGAUAAUAAAAAUAAUUUUUUUUCAAAUAAUAUUAAUUAUGAUGAUAUAUUAUAUAAUAGAAGAGAAUCAAAUAAUUAUAAUGAUGAUACAUUAAUUUUUAAAAAUAAAAUUAAUGAGCAUAAAAAGUUCGUAGUUAAUAAAAAAUAUAAAAUAAUAAAAUGUAUAGAUAAUACAUAUACAUUUAAAGUUAAUAAAUACUUAUCAAGAAAAAAAUUAUAUAAAAAAUUAUUUAUGUUGUAUCAUAAAAUUGUUAUUUAUAAACAUAUUAUGGAUUUAAAAAAUAAAAAUAAUAAUAUAUUCAACACAAAUGACGAUAUAAGCUUAAAUAUAAACGAUACACUGGAAGAACAAAAUAAAUCAUGUAAUAGUAUAGAUUAUAUUAUAGAAAAAGGUAUACAUAAUAAUUCGGAGUAUUCCUUUUAUAACAAACAAAUAAUGCUUGACUUACAUAAUCAUCAAGAGUAUGUGAUAAAUAAUAUAAAACAAGAAAAAAAUAAAAAAAAAAUAAAAAAUUAUAAUGAUAUCAUAUUAGAAAUAGAAAAAGAAAAACAUAUAAACUCCAAUUUGUUAUGUAAAAAAAAUAGGAAAUAUACACACAAUAAGAAAUAUAAUAUGUUAUAUUUAAAUAAUAAUAAAUUUAUAAAAAACAAAAUACCUAAAUAUAAUUCUGAUACAAAAGUGUUACAGAAUUAUCUAAAUAAUAAUAUUAAUCAUCAUAUGAAUUAUUUUACAUUAACUUAUUUACUAGAACAGUGCUUUUAUAAAAAUGAUUUAUGUGAAAACUACAACAAUAUAUUAUUAAAUAAUAAAAAGUCCAUAUUUAAUUUCUUAAACAAUAUGAAAAAAAAAGGAUAUACUAUAUAUAAUGGACAUAUGAAAAAAGAUAUAAAAAAAAAUGAAGUUAACUUAUUAGAUAUCAAUGAUUUCUAUUUUCUAAAUAAUACAAAUAACAAAACACAAACCAAUAAAAAAAAUUCACAUGACAGUUUCUAUUUUGAUGAAUAUAAUAAUAAAAAUACAAUACAAAAUCAUAAACAUAAAUAUCAUAUACAAAAAAGAAAAAUAUCUUCCAAUGUUUAUCUUUAUGAAGAUAUAAAUAAUAAUCAAUAUAUUUCAAAUAUUUCUUCUUUCUGUUCCUUAUGUUUGAAUAAUGUAUAUAUUAAUCCAAACACAAAUAAAAACGAGGCAAAUAAAAAAAAUACGCUUGUAUUUUUUUUUUGUAAUCACUUAUAUCAUUUGAAGUGCCUCCACAAUAGUGAGUUCUUAUGUAAGUCAUGUGAAAGUUGA